UCCCGUUCAGUUUGUACACGUCUCUCUGUCUGUGUGUUUGUUUAAAAAUGGCAGAAGCCAGUAUUUCUGUGGCUCAGGAUCAGUUCAAUUGUUCAAUCUGUCUGGAUCUACUGAAGAAUCCAGUGACUAUUCCCUGUGGACACAGUUACUGUAUGGACUGUAUUACAAACUGCUGGAAUCAGGAAGAUCAGAAGAGAAUCUACAGCUGUCCUCAAUGCAGACAAACCUUCACAACAAGACCUGUUUUAAAUAAGAAUGUAGUGUUUGCUGAAGUGGUGGAGAAACUGAAGAAUACAAGACUUCAAUCUUCUCAUGUUUCUGCUCAUUGUUACGCUGAAUCUGGAGAUGUGGAGUGUGACGUCUGUACUGAGAGAAAACUGAAAGCAGUCAAGUCCUGUCUAGUGUGUCUGAACUCUUACUGUCAAAAUCAUCUCGACCAGCAUGAGAAUUUCUUUAAAAGUAAAAAACACAAAGUGAUUGAUGCCACUGGACGACUACAAGAAAUGAUCUGCAGAAAACAUGAUAAACAACUGGAGAUCUACUGUCGUACUGAUGAGCAAUGCAUUUGUUAUUUGUGUACGAUGGAUGAACACAAAAACCACGACACUGUGACAGCUGUGGCAGAGAAAACAAGGAAACAGACACUCUUGAUAAAGACACAAAUAAAGUUUCAAGAGAGAAUUCAGGAGAGAGAGAAGGAUCUUCAGGAGUUGAGACAGGCUGUGGACUCUCAUAAGCGCUCUGCACAGACAGCAGUGGAGGACAGUGAGAGGAUCUUUACUCAACUCAUCCGCUCCAUAGAGAGAAGACGCUCUGAGGUGACACAACUGAUCAGAGAUCAGGAAAAGACUGUAGUGAGUCGAGCUGAAGGAGUCUUGAAGCGUCUGGAGCAGGAGAUUGAUGAUCUGAGGAGCAGAGACACUGAACUGAAGCAGUUUUUACACACAGAUGAUCACAUUCAUUUCCUGCAGAGUUUCAAGUGUUUCUCUGUGACUCCUGAAUCUUCAGAUGUUUCCAGCAUUACUGUCAGUUCUCAACUCUCUUUUGAUGAAGUGAGAAAAUCUGUUUCUAAACUGAAAGAAAAACUGGAGGAUUUCUGCAAAGAAGAGAUUGAAAAUAUAUCUGGUGGAGUAACAUACACUGAAAUCAUUGCUUACACAGAACCAAAGACGAGAGAAGAGUUCCUACAAUGUAAUCUGUUCUCUCUGGAUCCAAACACAGCUCAUAAAAACAUCAGUCUGUCUGAGAACAACAGUGUGGCUACAUGCACUAAUACAGUCCAGCAGUAUCCUGAUCAUCCAGACAGGUUUGAUCUCUGGCUGCAGGUGUUGUGUAGAGAGAGUGUGUGUGGACGCUGUUACUGGGAGGUUGAGAGGAGCGGUGUGAUGGAUAUAUCAGUGUCAUAUAAGAGCAUUAGGAGGAAGGGACGGGGUUAUGAGUGUGUGUUUGGAUAUAAUGAUCAGUCCUGGAGAUUGUACUGCACUGACUCCACAUGCUUCUUCAUUCACAAUAGUAAACGUAUUAAUCUCCCUGUAGUGUCCAGCUCAUGUAGAAUAGGAGUGUAUGUGGAUCACAGAGCAGGAAUUUUGUCCUUCUACAGCGUCUCUGACACAAUGACCCUCAUCCACAGAGUCCAGACCACAUUCACUCAACCUCUAUAUCCUGGGUUUUAUAUCAAUUCAAACUCAUCAGUAAAACUCUGUAAUCUAACAAGAUAAAAGAAACAGAGAUUUUAUUUUGAUCCACAUGAUUAAUUAGUAACAGUGAGAUGUUAAAAGUCUUUUAUUGUCUAUUGAAACCGUAAAUCCUUUUAAUGAAACUCAUUUCACUGCAUGUUAUUUAUUAUCAGAUAUUUCUGGUUAGAUUGGUCUAAUGAUGGUUGUGGUGUGUUUGUGUUGUGAAAAGAUUACUCGCGAUUAAUCACAUCCAGAAUAAAAGUUUGUGUUAACAUCAUAUAUGUUUAUGUACUGUGCAUAUUAAUUUUGUAUUUAUAAAUACAAACACGUACACAUUUAUACAUAUUUAGGAAAUAUUAACAUGUAUUUAUUUAUAUUUACCAAUAAUUGAAAUUAUACAUAAAUGUUUAUUAAUUUUUAGGUUUUUCUUAAAUAUGUGCAUGGAUGUGUGUGUAAAUAAAUACAAAACUAUUAUGGACAGUACACAGAUAUAUAUUAUGUGAACACAAACUUUUAUUCUGGAUGAGAUUAAUCGCAAUUAAUCUUUUGACAGCCCUAUAUUAUACUAAAUUAUACUAAAAUAUUAUUUUAUAGGACCAAGCGACACAGUUGGUGUUUGUUCUGAUUUUCUUUUUUGUCUGAUUCCUCUUGGGUUCAGAAAAGUUUGAGUUACUUGAGCCCUUUCAUAUUGAAUCCUGAUUAGCUUUUUCUUCUUUGUUAGAGGUGUUUUAUAUUUCUAAACAGAAUGUGUGUUACAUUGUAUAAAUUACUAUUCAGUAAUCUAGUUUGAUGCUGUAUAAUGGUUUGACACUAUAUAUAUUAGUUCACAUAAAUUAAAUAAAUAAUUAUUUCAACUAAAAAAUGCAAAAAGUCUCUU